AUGUCUAACGAAGAAAAUAUUGAUAUGUUUCAAAAUUUCUUUCAGCAUAUAUCGGCCGUUCAUGAGGACGCUCAAACCCGCGUGACUGCUUUAUUUUCUCAAAUUAGACAAGAAGCCCUUGCUAUUUUCAACCAAAAUGUCCUAAAAGCUAUUGAUAAAAAGCCUAUUAAUUCUCAACAAGCUGAUAAAUCCCCAGCUAAAACACCUGAAACAUGCCAGCCGAAACGUAAAGAGGAAGCAAAAAAGCUGAAGCGAAAACAAAAGCAACACAAGCAAGAGCCUCCUACAAUUAAAAUUGAUGAUACAGAUUCCCCAGAAGAAGCUAUUGAUGAAAACGAGCCGCCGGUUUCCCAAAAAAUUUAUGAGUGCUUAACCAAAACCCCGCAAUCUAAAAAAUACUUCGCUAAAAAAACUGGUGCAAAGGUUAGUACAGAGAAUGUCCCUAUUAAACGCAAACGGGAUAAUUCAAUACUUGAGGAAUUUGAAGUUAAAUAUAUUGCUCCUAUUAAAAGAAAAGUAGCAGAAUUAAUCAAAGCAGGAGUUUCUUCAAAAGUAAUUGCAAAAUUGUACAAUAUCAGUCCAAUUUGUGUAGAGGCAAUUGGAAACUGAAAAAAUUGCAGAGCAGCAUCCUUAUUAGCAUUAAGUUAGAUUAUUUAAAAGCUCACAGUAGCACCCACAGGUGCGCAUCUCCAUCUUGCUUCGUUGAGCCACCUCCCGUGGGGGUUAAAUCCUCUCCACCUAUGCUCGCGUCGAACGGAGAGUGGAGUGGGUUGGAUUACCUACUCAGAAUUCCAAAACUGGAAUUUCUGGCUGACUCUCGGAAAAAGCGUUAAACUUAAGCCCAGGGGCAUAAUUCUUAAUGAUUUGUUACCUAAUAGCCUUAGAAGGCUUUGCUAGGCUUUCCCCUUUCCCUUUCCAACUCCAAGCUUUCCUUCCCCCAAACUAAAAACCAACCUGAAAAGCGGACUAAGACUAGGCCCUAAACGUAUUAUGAUUAGUUGCCUAUCAUAGCUGUCCAUACCUAGACUCGCAAAGCCUUGCAGGAUAUAAUUAUAGUAUUGUCUCAGCCUGGCCUUCCAGCCAUGUAGCUUCGAGAACAUAUUUCAAUUAUCUCAGAGCAACUUCCUCAAACAGCAAAAUUAAGAUGAGAGACCAAAUUAUGAAGCUUCAUUCAGAAGGACAGGGCGUAAAAGAAAUAGCCAAAACUCUUAAUAUUUGGCAAAAUAUUGUCAGAGAUUAUUUAGGAGAAAUCCCUAUAAACUCUUUGUCGAGAAAUAACCAUGUGAAAAAAAUUUUAAUAGACAAAAUAAAAGCUGGAGUGGCUGAGAGCCAACUGUCAAAUCUUACUGGAAUUUCUAUCAAGAACUUAAGCGCAUGGAGGAGCAAGCCUCAAGCAGAAUGAGUUGAUGAAGAUACAAUUCAGUCUGAUGGAGAAACUGGACGAGAAGAAAUUAGAGAAGCCCUUUAUUGUCAUUUAAUUGGCAAUGAUGGAAAUGUAUCAAUAACGAAUAAAAAGGAAAAAAUAUCUCGCUGGUUAAGUUUGAUUUCUGAUGAUAAUCAACACUUAAAAUAG